AUGUUCGUCGAUCGUAGCUUCUGUACUGCCCACUGUCACGACAACGGUAUGUGCUGGCGCCAUUCCAACGGUAGCCAUUCCUGCAUCUGCUAUGAACCAUCGCCUGCAAACAAAAACUGUGGUCUGUCCCCCGAGCCCAAGAGCGAAACGCUGGGUUUCAUUAUUGGGCUAGUCGCGGCACUGAUGUUGUUGGCGCUUAUCAUUUUCUUCUUUUGGCUCGAUCGCAAGAAGGCGUCGCCGGCCGCAAGUGGCAUUGAGGCUCCGGAGGAGCCGCGGGCUCCGCGCGAGGAGACCACUCCCUCGGGCGCGGAGGCCUCUGCUCCUCCGGAGGAGUGA